ACAUCCCCUGCAAGUGUUUGUAUUCCCAUUGCCUGUAUUUCAGUGAAUACGGUAAACCCAAAGUAAAACGGAGUCUGUCAGCUGAUUGCUUUCCAAAAAGCAGAAAGAUGGCGGCAGAAAUCCACUCCCGGAUGAAUACGAGCCGCCCGGUUCUGCUCAACAAAAUCGAGGGGCACCAGGACGCAGUGAACGCGGCUGUGCUCAUUCCCAAGGAAGAUGGGGUGAUCACAGUCAGCGAGGACAGGACAAUACGUGUAUGGUUGAAACGAGACAGUGGUCAGUAUUGGCCAAGCAUUUUUCACACAGUAUCAGCACCCUGCUCUGCUAUUUCCUACAAUCAUGACAGCAAACGGAUUUUUAUGGGUCAGGAUAAUGGAGCAAUUGUGGAGUUCAUCAUGGCUGAAGAUUUCAACAAAAUGACUUAUGUAAAGACUUAUCCAGCACAUCAGAAUCGUGUUUCAGCAAUCAUAUUUUCUCCAGAAACUGAAUGGGUUAUAAGCACAGGACAUGACAAGUACCUCAGCUGGAUGUGUACCAGGAGUGGAUGUCUACAGGGAAGACAUUGCUUUGGUGCAUGGGCUUCCUGCUUACAAUAUGAUAUGGAAACAUGUCAUGCGUUUGUUGGUGAUUACUCUGGACAGAUCACUUUGUUAAAGCUUGAACAGAAUUCAUGCAGCGUCAUUUCAACAUUGAAAGGACAUGAAGUGCCAGCUCCGUGCAUUGGAAUUCUGCAACUGUUUGACAAAGUGCAAUCUCUCUGCUACUUGCAACUAACACGGCAGCUGAUUUCCUGUGCUGCUGAUGGGGGUAUUGUAGUUUGGAACAUGGAUGUUCAGAGAGAAGAGGCUCCGCAAUGGCAGGAAAGUGAUUCUUGUCAAAACUGUAAACAGCCGUUCUUCUGGAACUUCAAACAGAUGUGGGACACAAAGAGCCUUGGUUUGCGGCAGCAUCACUGCAGAAAGUGUGGCAAAGCUAUUUGUGGGAAAUGCAGCACUAAACGUACUACCUACCCUGCGAUGGGCUUUGAGUUUCUGGUGCGAGUCUGUAAUGACUGCUUUGAUACAGUCAAGGAUGAAGAUCGAACCUCUUUGGCAACGUUCCAUGAAGGCAAACAUAAUAUUGCACACAUGAAUCUGGAUAACACAAGAGGAUUGAUGGUAACCUGUGGAAGUGAUCGCGUUGUGAAGAUCUGGGACAUGACACCAGUCAUUGGCUGUGGUAUGGCUACAGGGUUUUCUUCCCGUUGACCUCUGACCUCCAAUAGCACUGCACCUUUGACGUAUAUGUGCAGAAUCAAUGCCACCUACACGUUACCAUGGAGUUGAGUAGAGAUUCAGGUGAUAAGCUUCCACUUUGCCCAAAGGACCGAAUAAAUAUUCACUUGAGUAAACACCGUUUGUGCCCAAUACUUUUGGCACAGAGGGGGAAAAAAACCUGCAAAAGAUAUGUCCAAAAAAAACUACCUUUCUAACUAAAAUUGUAAAAUAGCUCCAUACUACAUAAGAUUAUAUUUGUUCUAUAUUUAUUCUGUGCAUAACCUAACAUGAUUUUAAUGUCUUUAAUGAAGAAAUGUUGUGCAAGAUAUUUUUUAGAUAAAAAUGUGUCAUUUAUCCUGGCCAUUUACAUGUUGUAGAUUGGUGACUCCUGGUCUGUUUACAGUACGAUGGUUUUCAGUGUUUGCUUUAGUUGUACACUGCACAUUCCUGUCGUAUGCAGUUUGUGACCAGGCAUGGAUAAACAGGGGCACUUUAUGGGGGAAUGUAAGCUGCAUUUCUAUAAUAACACAGGAAAUAUUUGGGAUUAUAAAAAAAAAAGCCUAUACCCAUUAAUCAAUUUGCUUCUCUUUCCAACUGCGAG